UUGGGGGUCAGGACGGAAAUUCUAUUUUGGGCAUGAAUUGGGUGGAUCAACGCAUUGGAGUCUUCUGGGGACGUUCGUUGUUCUUGGACGUCGGUGCUUUUCAUCCCCAACAACUCUCCUGUGUUUCUUUCCAUAUCUCCUUAUAAUGUUGUUGAUGAUCAUGGAUGAAUCUACGAGGGCCAUGAUCUCCCAAGAUACCCAUUCGUUUCUCUCAUUUGUAGCUUCUACUGAAAAUAUUGUCUGGUCACUUUUUAUCAUUUUUAUAAUUGUUUUUUUUUACCGCAUUUCAAGAGGUGGAAUGGUCAGCUCAUCGCUACACAAACUUGCUUUCGGAUCUCCAGAAGGCAACUGCUCAACGGAACUCUGCAUGGUUGGGCGCACAAAAGCCUUCGCUGGAAUUAGCAUAGCAAUUGUACGCACAUACAUCCUUUAGAGAUGGAGAGCAAUCAAAGAGCUGCUGCUUAGUGGACUGUCCGCUCCCAAAGGAUUCGAGCAAAAGAG